GUCUGUAGAGAGCCAGUUGAUUGCAGGUCCUCCUGGGGCCAGAAGGGUGCCUGGGAGGCCAGGUUCUGAGGAUCCCCUCCAUCCAGAAGAACCACCUGCUCACUCUGUCCCUUCGCCUGCUGCUGGGACCAUGGGGGCUGGGGCCAGUGCUGAGGAGAAGCACUCCAGGGAGCUGGAAAAGAAGCUGAAAGAGGAUGCUGAGAAGGAUGCUCGAACCGUGAAGCUGCUGCUUCUGGGUGCGGGUGAGUCCGGGAAAAGCACCAUCGUCAAGCAGAUGAAGAUUAUCCACCAGGACGGGUAUUCGCUGGAAGAGUGCCUCGAGUUCAUCGCCAUCAUCUACGGCAACACGUUGCAGUCCAUCCUGGCCAUCGUGCGCGCCAUGACCACACUCAACAUCCAGUACGGAGACUCUGCACGCCAGGACGACGCCCGGAAGCUGAUGCACAUGGCAGACACCAUAGAGGAGGGCACGAUGCCCAAGGAGAUGUCGGACAUCAUCCAGCGGCUGUGGAAGGACUCCGGUAUCCAGGCCUGUUUUGAGCGCGCCUCGGAGUACCAGCUCAACGACUCGGCGGGCUACUACCUCUCCGACCUGGAGCGCCUGGUAACCCCGGGCUACGUGCCCACCGAGCAGGACGUGCUGCGCUCGCGAGUCAAGACCACUGGCAUCAUCGAGACGCAGUUCUCCUUCAAGGACCUCAACUUCCGGAUGUUCGAUGUGGGCGGGCAGCGCUCGGAGCGCAAGAAGUGGAUCCACUGCUUCGAGGGCGUGACCUGUAUCAUCUUCAUCGCGGCACUAAGCGCCUACGACAUGGUGCUGGUGGAGGACGACGAAGUGAACCGCAUGCACGAGAGCCUGCACCUGUUCAACAGUAUCUGCAACCACCGCUACUUCGCCACGACGUCCAUCGUGCUCUUCCUCAACAAGAAGGACGUUUUCUUUGAGAAGAUCAAGAAGGCCCACCUCAGCAUCUGUUUCCCGGACUACGAUGGACCCAACACCUACGAGGACGCCGGCAACUACAUCAAGGUGCAGUUCCUCGAGCUCAACAUGCGGCGCGACGUGAAAGAGAUCUAUUCCCACAUGACGUGCGCCACCGACACGCAGAACGUCAAAUUUGUCUUCGACGCUGUCACCGACAUCAUUAUCAAGGAGAACCUCAAAGACUGUGGCCUCUUCUGAGGUGCCUGAAUUCAUGCGUGUCAGUCACCCUGAGACCUGGUAGCCCUAGCUGCCUUGCAGCCCCAACCGCCAGGACCCUAUCAGCCCCCAGGACUCCCAGGCUCCAGCCUGCCACAUCACCAAAGCUCUGAACCCUGCUAGCCUUGAGGCACGGAUCCUCCCCCAUACCUCCCACAGUAUCUCAGCGCCUCAUGCCCCCGACCCCAGCCCUGCCCUUCACCGCCUGGCUGCACUGGCCUUUAGUACUCACAGCAGCCAGUCCCAGCUAGGAACGGGUAGGACUUGGGGCAGCUGAAACUCACCGUGACUCAGCAGUGCCCAACUGACCAAUCUUCCGCAGCUCUCCUGCCCCUGGGGGCCCACGACUCACCUGGUGGGUCUCGGCUCAACAAACAGCUCUCCCUCCCAGCAUUUCAUCAAGGACAGGGAAUACCCCUCCCACACACAGGCCAGCUGCUCACCCUGCCACCUCCAUGUGACAAGUUUGACACCAGUCUACCCAGAGACAGUGACUGUCCCUCCCGGCAGCCUCCAAAGGGUCCAAAGUCCAAGUUAGCUCUGGCCUGUGCGGUUCCCACAUAAAUACAUUAGUGGGGAGGGGGCAGACCUGGGGGCCCUUGGGUGCCAGAGUGAGAAAAAACAGGAUUCUUCCCCAAAUACUAGGCUCAGAGCAACCUCCAGCCUUCUCCAGCAGGAUCUGCUCCCUGUGUCCUUGGACACCAGAUCCACACACCACUUCCUCACCCAAACACAGUACCCUGGGCUAGCUGGAUAACAGGAUGGCCUGUUAAGGGAGGGUACUGUUGACACCAGCUAUGGCCAAUAGCCGGGCUGUCCUGAGGGGUGGCUGGGUGCAGAGUCCAGCUCCCUUCAAUUAGGCCAGAAGACUCAGGAUAGGACAAAGGCCCUGGCUGUGCCCAAAGGGGUCUACCUCAGGUGGGGUUACAAGCAAACCUGGGUGACCCUCUUGUCCCUACCAGCAGCUUUUCUUGCCCCCUCCAUUCAGGGUUCCCUGGCAAGGGAAGCUGAGAGCCAUGCUUGAACUAUCAGGGACAAAGGCCCAUGUCCCCACAUCCCUGCUCCCUCCUUCCUCAUCCAGCACCAAAUCUUUGCUUAUGUCCAUAGGCCAAGGCCUGUGCUGCAGUCGGGGACAAGGAGCUUCCGUCUGGCAAGGCUGGGGCACAAUUUGCACUCCCCUCAGCUAGAUGUGCAGACUCAGUAAUAAACCUUUGCAUCAGGC